GAAGUUUCCUUGGGAAAGACUUCAUUACAGUCUUCAUGCAAAACCAUAUUGAAAGUGUUAAAGCCGACUGCAAGCUGCUCAUCACUGGUUACCACGCCUCCACUACAGUUACUGUGAUGGUGAACAAGGGUACGUUCCAGAGCGUGACACCCAUCGGAGCAGGACAGACGGUGACAGUGCAGAUCCCAGCCUCUGUAGAGAUGUUUGGCAGCACACCAUCCACUAGCACCAUCCUGAUUCGGGCUGACAAAGAGAUCUCUGUCCUGUCUGUUAACUCAAAGCCCAAUUCCAUUGCUACCACAGUUGUGUACCCCACUGAGGAGUUGGGUACCAUAUAUUACAUUGUAAGUCCCCCUGGUACACAUCUAAGCAGCUACAAAGAGUUUGCUGUCGUAGCAGGGCCGGCUCCCACUACAGUUGAUAUUUACGUGCAAGGGGCUGUGGUGUUCAAAGGAUGGAUCUAUGCUGCUGGGAAGAAACUCAAUGUUGCCCUCGCACCCUACCAAGCCUUGCAACUGCAAAGCUUAGUUGAUUUAUCUGGUACCAAGAUUGAGUCUCGGGAACACGUGGCCGUUUUGACUGGUCACAGCUGUGCCGGAAAAAACACCGCUUGCGAUCAUGCUGUUGAACAGCUCCUGCCUGUCUCCAGUUGGAGCAGUGCCUACAUCAUCCCUCCUCUGUCCCUCCAGCCCAGGUUUGACACUGCCUACGUUGUCGCCUCCCAAAACACUUGCAUUGACUAUCAGUCAGGGCCCAGACGAGCUUUCCGCGAUAUAGUAGCUGGGCAAGUGGUCAAGUUUGAAGUCCAUGUCUCUCACCCACUGUACAUCUCUGCUAGUGCUGGAAUCCAGGUUCUUCUCUUCUUCACUGGUGCUAAGAAUGGGAAAUUCACAUACGACCCAUUUCUUAUCAACAUCCCACCCAUCACAAGUUACUGCCAGUCCUACCACAUUGAUGGGAUAAAAGACUUUGAGAACCAUGUGCUGAUCAUAGUCAAGCAUUCAGAGUCCAGCAGGAUCACUGCUGAUCAGAGAGCCAUAGGAAAUGUCCAGUGGAGGCAGAUCCCCAGCACAGAGUAUUCUUGGGGACAGUACCGCUUCGGCACAGGGACUGGUGCCCAUUCCAUCGAGCACCCGAACUCUCCCUUUGGUUUGCUGAGCUUUGGAGUGAAUGACCAUGGUGGAUAUGGCUCAACAGGCAUUUGCAUACACAGUAAUUCAACCCCAUCCUGCAGCACUCUUCAAUGCAGGAAGAAAGAGAAGUGUCAGAUGGUAGAUGGUCACCCAGUUUGUAUGGCUGAAUCAGAAUCCACCUGCUGGGCUCAGGGGGACCCUCAUUAUCACACCUUAGAUGGGCGGAAUUUUGACUUCAUGGGCACCUGCACCUACACCAUCGCCAAGACCUGUGGCCCAGACUCAACUCUCCCGCCAUUCAGUAUCAAGGCCAAGAAUGACAAUAGGGGCAACACGCAUGUGUCCUAUGUUGGUCAUGUGACAGUCGAGGUCUAUAAUGUCACUGUCUCAAUGGUCCGAUAUGAGAUGGGAUUCAUAAGGGUGAAUGCCCAGCGGUCCCGCCUCCCCAUCUCUCUGCUUGAGGGGAAACUGAAGGUGUAUCAGAGCGGGCGCUCUGUGGUCAUCCAGACCGACUUCUCCCUGAGGGUCUCCUACGACUGGGGCAGCUCCCUGGUGGUGAAGCUCUCCAGCAGCUUCUCAGAGAAUGUGUGUGGCCUCUGUGGCAACUACAACGGGGACCCUGGGGAUGACUUCACCACCUCGGCCGGGGUGCUGGCUGCCAGCCCUGUAGAGUUCGGGAGGAGCUGGAAGGUGGAGGACGGGGACAGGUUCUGCUGGGACGACUGCCAUGGGCAGUGCAAGAGCUGUUCCCCGGAGCAGGUCGGCAGGUACAAAGCGGAGCCUUUCUGUGGCUGGAUCACCAAAGGGGCGGGCGGCCCCUUCAGCCGAUGCCACUCCAUGAUCGACCCCAAAAUCUACCUGGACAACUGUGUCUAUGACCUGUGCAUGAACGACGGGCGGAAGGAGAUGCUGUGCCAGGCGCUGACGACCUACGCCGAUGCCUGCCAGGCCAAGGGCGCAGCCGUCUCCGACUGGAGGAGCCUCUCAGGAUGCACUCUGCCCUGCCCUGAGAACAGCCAGUAUAAUGCUUGUGGCUCUGCGUGUCCUGCCACCUGCAAUGACCGAGUGGCCCCUAAGAACUGCUCCCUGCCCUGCGUGGAGACCUGCCAGUGCCACGAGGGUUUCGUGCUGGAUGCUGAGAGGUGCAUCCUCCAGACCGGAUGUGGGUGUGAGUUUGAGGGCCGCCUCUACGCGCCCGGGGAGCAGUUCUGGGGAGAUGGUGCCUGCACGAGACGCUGUGUCUGUGACCCGCAAACCAGGCGGGCGAGCUGCCAGGUCGCAGGGUGCCGGGCCGGGGAGCAGUGCCAGGUGCAGAACGGCAUCCGGGACUGCUACCCCACAAGCUAUGGAACCUGCUCAGCUUCGGGGGACCCCCACUACAUCAGCUUUGAUGGGAAGAAGUUUGACUUCCAGGGCACCUGCCUGUAUCAGUUCGCUGGGCUGUGCAACAAAAGCCAGGACCUGGUGGAUUUCCAGGUCCUUGUUCAGAACGACCAUCGGGGAAGCCGCGUCGUGUCCUUCACCAAAGUCGUGCAAGUCAAAAUCUAUGAGGUCGACAUUGUGAUCAGCAGGGAAAACCCCGGCAGAGUCCUGCCCAUUGGCCCCUACUCCCAGGUGAAUGGCGUGCUGACCAACCUACCGUACAGCCACAAGAGCAGCAAGAUCUCCAUGUACCGGAGGGGGCAGGAAGCAGUGAUCCAGAGCGACUUCGGUCUCACAGUCACCUUUGACUGGCAGAGCCGGAUCACCGUCUCUGCGCCAAGCAGCUACGCCGGCGCCCUGUGCGGACUCUGCGGGAACUUGAAUGGGGACAAGGGAGAUGACUUGACCAUGAAGGGCGGCAGGUUGGCCCCAAACCCAACGGCCUUUGGGCAGAGCUGGAAGGUGGCGGAUAUCCCAGGCUGUGUGGAGGUUGCCAAGGACGAGUGCUCAGAUCUAGCAGCUGUGGAGAGACGCCAACGAGGAGUAAGUCAGGAGUGCGGGCUCCUCCUAGACAAGAGCGGCCCCUUCCGAGAGUGUCACAGCAAAGUCGACCCGCAGGGCUACUUCCAAGACUGCGUGUACGACUAUUGCUUCUUCCAAGGCCGACAAGCUGUGACAUGCCAGCUUCUCACCAGCUACGCCGCAGCCUGCCAGGCCGCCGGGGCGGCUGUCUCUGCCUGGAGGAACAGCUCCUUCUGCAGUGUCUCCUGCGCACCAAACAGCCACUACGAGGUCUGCGCCCGGGGCUGCCAGUCGACCUGCAGCAGCCUCUUGGCCCCGGUUCAGUGCUCGGCUCAGUGCUGGGAGGGCUGCGUGUGCGACGAGGGCUUUGUGCUGAGUGGCGACGAGUGCGUCCCUAUGUCCCAGUGUGGGUGCCUGCACCAGGGACGUUAUUAUAAGGCUGGGGAGACCUUCCACCCGACGUGCCAGGAGCAGUGUGUGUGCCGGGCCGGCGGAGACGUUGUGUGCACGGGGCUGUCCUGCCGCCCUAAUGAGGAGUGCAAGCUGGCGAACGGCGUCCGGAAAUGCCGCCCUGUCGGAUCCGCAACGUGUACUGCUGCCGGAGACCCCCACUACCUCUCCUUCGACGGGGUCGCCUUCGACUUCCAAGGCACCUGCACCUACAUCCUGGCCAAGACCUGCGCGGACACCGGGAACCUGACCUCCUUCGCCGUGAAGGUGGAGAACGUGCCCUGGGGCAACGGCAGGGUGUCCGUCACCAAGCUGGUGUCCGUGGAGGUCUACGGGCUCACGCUCACCCUGCUGCAGAACCGGAAGGGGCUCGUCAUGGUAAGUUCUGCCAACGAUGGGGCCGAACCCUGCCAUGGCAAUGCAAGGGCCACUUGUCCCACAGGUCAGUCAUUCCAAUUAAUUCUCAGUAGGACUCAGGGUCUGAUGGUGACCAUACUGACACCACAGGCCUUUGGGUUUCCCUGGAUUUUCUCCCAUUCCUACGACCUGGUUUACCAGGCCAGAGUCACUGUUCCAGGGAACUACCAGGGGCAGACGUGUGGCUUGUGUGGGAACUACAAUGGGCGCCAGGACGAUGAAUUUCUGCUCCCUGACAGCAAUCUGGCCCCCAACAUGGCAGCGUUCGGGUCGGCCUGGAAAGUCCCGGUCCCGGGGGCGGCCUGCGAGGACGGAUGCAGCAGGAACAGCUGCCCGGUUUGUGAGGAGAGGAAGAAGGACGUCUUCAAACAGCGCCACUACUGCGGGGUGCUCACAGACCCCAACGGCCCCUUCGCCGCCUGCCACGGCACGGUCAGCCCCAGCAUGUAUUUCAACAACUGCCUCUAUGACGUGUGCCUGGCCAACGGGGACUCCCCGGUCCUGUGCCAGAGCAUCCACAGCUACGUGACGGCCUGCCAGGAGGCUGGGGCCUCCAUCCAGCCCUGGAGGAGCGCCUCCUUCUGCCCUCUGCGCUGCCCGGCCCACAGUCACUACGAGGUGUGCGCCGACCUGUGCAGCACCACCUGCACCAGGCUCACCGACACCAGGAAGUGCCCAGACACCUGCGCCGAAGGCUGCCAGUGUGACGAUGGCUUCCUCUUCGAUGGCCAGGACUGCGUGGCCCUGCAGGGCUGUGGGUGCUUCAGCAAUGGGAAAUAUUACAAGCCUAACGAGACAGUCCUGACUGACGUGUGCCAGCAAAGCUGCACCUGCCUUCCGGCCCAAGGGAUGACCUGUGAAGCCCACAGCUGCGCCAGCGACGAGGCCUGUCAGAUAAGAGACGGAGUCAUGCAAUGCACCAACAGAGGUGAAAGAGAGCCCGAGAGUUACACAAGAAGGGAGGGGAACGUAGAGACACCGUGCCAUUUCCAGGGGGCGCUCAGGACUGCUGAGGAUCGGACCCACUGUCCAGGUUCCAUCCUUAGGCGAAGGGAGAGAGUGCAGUCUAGUUAUCCCUGCAAAGAGGUGAAGUGCCGGGAGAAGGAGACGUGCAAGGUCAAGGACAGCCUUGCAAUGUGUGUGCCCAACUACUCUGGGACCUGCUGGGGCUGGGGAGACCCGCACUAUCACACCUUCGAUGGGCUGAACUUCAACUUCCAGGGCACCUGCACCUACACCCUGGCCAAGUACUGCGGGAGCGACCCCUCCCUGGUGCCCUUUACUAUAGAUGAAAAGAAUGACAACAGGGGGGGCAACCAGGCUGUGUCCUACGUGCGUCUGACCAACAUCUACGUCUACGGGCACAACAUCUCCAUCCACAAGAAUGAAGUUGGAAAAAUCAGAAUCAAUGACAUGAGCAGCAGCGUGCCAGUGACCCUGGAAGAUGGUAAAAUCAAGCUCUACCAGAGCGGUCUCAGUGCUGUCUUGCAGACAGACUUCGGUCUGCAGGUUUCCUAUGACUGGAAUUGGCACCUGAUCAUCACCCUCCCCAGCAGCUAUUAUGGGGCCACGUGCGGCCUUUGUGGGAACUUCAACCAAAACCAUGGAGAUGAAAUGAUGUCACCUACCGGCACCAGGGUCUCCUCCAUCGUGGAGUGGGCCAGGAGCUGGAAAGUCACAGACCGGGACCCCUUCUGCUGGGAUGACUGCAAAGGGAAAUGCCCAGCCUGCGAGGAGGGCAAGCAGGAGAUCUACGGGGGCGACGAAUACUGCGGUUUGAUCAGCAAAGCACCGGGAGGGCCCUUCAGAGAGUGUCACCCUAGAGUGAGCCCUGAGGACAUUUUUGACAGCUGUGUCUAUGACGUGUGUCUGAACGGGGGAGCCAGGAUAAUCCUGUGCCAGGCGCUGGGGGCCUACGCUGCCAUCUGCAAGAAACAGGGCCUCACCGUCUAUGACUGGAGGACACCGUCCGGCUGUGCCCUGCCCUGCCCUGACAACAGCCACUACGAGGCCUGCGGGGAUGCCUGCCCGGCCAGCUGCUCCGACCGCACUGCCAACGCCUCCUGCCCAGAGCCCUGCGUGGAGACCUGCCAGUGUAACGCCGGUUACGUCCUCAGCGCCGGGCAGUGCGUCCCCGUGGGGAGCUGUGGCUGCGACUACAACGGCCACUACUACCAACCCAGCGAGGAGUUCUGGGCCGAUGAGAACUGCCGCUCUCGGUGCAGGUGUGACCCCAGCCUGGGCAUGGUGCUUUGCCAGGAGACCAGCUGCAAGGCCAGUGAGAGAUGCGCCGUGGUCAAUGGGGUCCGGGGCUGCCAGCCAAUCAGCUACUCCACCUGCACGGCCUCCGGGGACCCUCACUACACCACCUUCGACGGGAAGAAGUACGACUUCAUGGGCACCUGCAUCUACCAGCUGGCGAGGGUCUGCUCCCAGGACCCCACGCUCACCCCGUUCAGCAUCAAGGUGGAGAAUAACAACCGGGGAAGCAAGACCGUGUCCUUCACCAAGGCGGUGACCUUGGAGGUGUAUGGCAGAAACAUCACUCUCAGCCAGCAGCAUCCCCGCAAGAUCAAGGUGGACGGAGUCUUUGUGGAUCUGCCUUUCUACCAUGAGGAGAAGCUUCAGGCCUAUGUCAGCGGAGCUCACGUCCUCAUCAAGACCGCCUUCGACCUGAGGGUGACCUUUGACUGGAACAGCCUGGUCCGGGUCACCGUGCCCAGCACCUAUGCCAACGCCCUCUGCGGCCUGUGCGGCGACAACAACCAAACCGCCAGUGACGACCUGACCAUGAGGGACGGGAGACGGGCGGCCAACGCCGUCCAGUUCGCAGAGAGCUGGAAGGUGGAGGAGAGCCCAGGGUGCUCGGACAUCUGCACCGGGAACUGCCCUCUCUGCAGCGAAGCUGAGACACAACCCUACAAAGGCCCUCGGUUCUGUGGGCUCCUCACCACAGGGGACGGGCCCUUCAGAGAGUGCCACAGAGUCAUCAACCCCGCCCCCUUCUUCGACGACUGCGUCUUGGACACCUGCCAGUACAAGGGUCACCGUGACGCCCUGUGCAGCGCGAUCAGCACCUACGUGACGGCCUGCCAGGCCCGGGGCAUCCCGUUGGGGCCGUGGAGAUCGGCCUCCUUCUGCAGCCCCACCUGCCCCCGCAAUUCCCACUACGAGCUCUGUGGGAACGGUUGCCCUGCCACCUGCCACAGCCUCUCGGCACCGGACAGCUGCAAUGCCCCCUGUGCCGAAGGGUGUUUCUGCGACGCUGGGUUCCUUCUGAGUGGUGACCAGUGUGUCCCCAUCGCCCGGUGCGGCUGCGUGCACCAUGGCAGGUACUACCGGAGGGGAGAGGAGUUCUACCCCAGUGCCUCCUGCCAGGAGCGGUGCCGGUGCCAGGAUAACGGGGCCGUCGAGUGCCAGGAGGCCUCGUGCAGAGCCAGCGAGCAGUGCAGGGUGGAGAACGGAGUCCUGGGCUGCCACGCCAAUGGCUGUGGCAAAUGCAUCGCUUCUGGAGAUCCCCACUAUCUGACCUUCGAUGGACGGGCCUUUGAUUUCCAGGGCACUUGCACUUACAGCUUAGCCAGGGUCUGCAGUAGUGACACUGGGCUGGCCAACUUCUCUGUGGUAGUAGAAAAUGAGAGCCAAGUGUCAGUGACACGGACGGUGAGCGUCUCUGUUCAUGGCUACACUGUCACCAUGGAGAGGGGAAGGAAAUGGAAAGUCACGGUGGAUGGGGAAUUCUACACUCUCCCACUGGCUACCGAUGAUGGGAAACUUUGGAUCAACCAGGAGGGGAACAACAUCAUUGUCCAGUCUGCUUCUGGCCCGAAAGUCCUUUACGAUACGUCCUAUUAUGUCCUAGUCUCCGUCCCCAGCUCCUACCAGGGACACGUGUGCGGCUUGUGUGGCAACUUCAAUGGCGACAAGAACGACGACUUCCUGCUGCCCAGUGGGAAGAGCGCCCAGAACGCGGAUGAGUUUGGGGCUGCCUGGAAGGUGCCCGUUGAGGGUGUCACAUGCUCCCAUGGUUGUGGGGACAGGUGCCCCAUCUGCGAUGCAGCAAAGAUGGUGCCGUACCAGGCUGAGAGCUCCUGUGGGUUGAUCAAAGCUCCAGCCGGUCCCUUUAAAGACUGUCACUCGCUCGUCAGCCCUGCCGAAUAUUUCAGCCAUUGCCUCUAUGACAUGUGUGCGGCCAACGGAGCCAGGGAAAUCCUCUGCCAGAGCCUGCAGGCCUACGUGGCCGCAUGCCAGGCAGCUGGAGGCACAGUCAGAGCCUGGAGAACGGCCUCUUUCUGCCCUUUCACCUGCCCAGCCAACAGUCACUACGAGCUGUGCACAAGGUCCUGCGAUUUCACAUGCGCCGGCUUGUUCUCCCCUGCCCAGUGCACUGCGAAGUGCUUUGAGGGCUGCCAGUGCAACGCUGGCUACGCAUUCAAUGGGGAAACGUGCGUGUCCAUGGAAGGAUGCGGCUGCCUGCAUGACGGGCGCUACCUCAAGGCCGGGGAGAGUGUCAUCUCCAGCACUUGCUCAGAGAAAUGCACCUGCCAGGCCUCAGGCGGGCUCGUCUGCAAGCCACACAGAUGCCUUGUCCAGGAGAUCUGUGCGCUACAGGAGGGGGUGCGCAGCUGUGUGAAGCAGAAGGGCCGGUGCAUCCUGCUCCCGGGAGGCCAGCUCACCUCCUUCGACGGCGCCUCUGGUGGAGAUCUCCCCAGUGGAGCGUACGAGCUGGCGUCUCUCUGCAACAGCAGCACCCCCUCCUGGUUCAGGCUGGUGGUGGAGGUCAGGGCCUGUGGUGAUGAGGGACGCACGGCUGGGACGACCGCCUACAUUUUCUUCCAAGAUGCCUUCAUAGCUGUGAAAAGGAGCAAGGAGACCUGGGUGAACGGGCGCUCGGUGUGGCUCCCAGCAAAGGUCUCCGACGUGGUGUCGGUGAGCGAGUCUCAGGGCGGUGUGGCCGUGGUCCAGGCCUCGGGGGUGCAGGUUCUGUUCAGCCCCAGUGGGCAGGUGACGGUGCGAGUCGGCGAGAGCCUGGCUAACAAGCUGUGCGCAUCCUGCGGGAACUUCAACGACGAUGUUGCUGAUGACCUGCAGCUGCCUGAUGGGGGGGUUGCAAGGAACAUCACUGAGGUCGUCAAUGCCUGGAAGGCUGGAGAUUUCUCUGGGUGUGACAUCUAAACAAAAUCUGGCUGCUGAAACCCUGGAGUGGACCCGCUGCCAUCUUCGCUAGGGAUUGCUCUCAGUACCGUUGCUAUAGCCCUUGUGACUGCUUGUGUCUUCUAGGGCAUCUAAUGGGAAAAUCUUUAUUUUGAUAGUCAAUAAAAACAA